AUGACGCGAGCGGAAGAUUUAGCUUCGGCGCAAAACUCUUUCAAAGAGUUUAAAAAAGCAUUCGAACGCGCGACGACGACGACGACGGGCGAUGAGAACGCUAUUAUGCAACAAGAACAACAACAACAAACGAGUGGGGCGUUGAACUUGUUAGAAAACUUGAAAGUGGCGCUGACGCAUCUCACCGCGUUACCUCCGUUGUUCGAACAAACGAAGAGUAAGAAAGAAGAGCUGUUAUUAGCUCGGGAACUUUUGGAAAUGUCUGUUAUUUUGUGCGCUCGAAGAGACGACGAGAUGUCGUUUGAGAGGAAUUUCGCGCAACUCAGAUCGUAUUACGAAGACGUCCGAGAGGAACUUCCGCCGUCGAAAAACGAAUCAAUCUGUUGGGGAUUGAACUUGUUGAGAUUGUUGAUGCAGAAUAGAAUCGGUUCUUUCCACGCGGAGUUAGAACUGACCAGUUCCGAGUUACUCGCAAACGCGUGCGUGAAGUAUUCCAUCGAAUUAGAACAAAGAUUGAUGGACGGGGCGUACAAUAAGAUCGUGGAGGAAUCAGUAAACGGGGAAAUUCCCGACGAGAGCUUCAAACCGUUUGCAAACAGAAUGUCCAAAACGGCGAGAGAUGAGAUUGUAAACUGCAUCGAAAAGAGCGCCUCGGAAAUAACGUUGAAAAAUUUAGCGAGGCUUCUCAUUUUAGACCACGAUAAGAACGAGGCGAUGAAGUACGCGAUGGAGAGAGGAUGGAUGCUCGAUGACGGGGCCAUAGAAGAAACGUUCGUGUUUUCGGACGAACAGGCGGUACCAUCGAGCAAAGACAUUCCCUCGAACGAAAUGAUCUCGCGCGCGCUUCUUUACAGUCGCGAGCUGGAGAGAAUAGUUUAA